UUUAUUCCCACACUGUAGAUUUUCCAUUGAAGACUCGCUGGAUUGGACCGUGUCUCUAAUCUUAACAAGACACUGACGACAGUUUAUUAUAAUUUAACAUUUCAGACAUUCCCCAGCUGUCCUCUGUCGGAUCCUGUUUUUAAUUCCACAUUAUUUUUUGUUCACUUUUAUCUUGUAUUCCGGUUGGAUUUACAAAGGGCGUGUUUGGGGCGAUCUGUACCGGGAGUUUCAUCUCCUGUACUUGUGCGACUCUGAGGAAUGACAGCAACUGGGAAUCGAUCCGCCUGAAUGGAAACAAUGGAUUAUAAGGAGCUGGGACAUAAUUUCGAGGAGAAGCUGACACUAACAGACAAAUCUCUGCCGCUACAGAACACGUCUCAGUCCAUCCAGAAUGAGGACAAGUCUUUGGGGAAGGACCUCCAGACUUCAGACGACUCGGCCAUCACAGACCUCUCUCCGAAAACAGACUCCAGCCCCGUAACAGAGACCCCCACCAGGACAGAUGCCUCCUCCAAGACAGACGUGAGGCCAUCCACCCCGGGCGGCAGCAGCCCUCAGCCCAAGAAAGAUUCGAUGACGUCAGAGCAACGACAGAAACUUGCCAAGGAGCGGAGGGAGGAACGAGCCAGAUAUAUUGCGGCGAAGAAAGCCCAGUGGCUGGAGAAGGAGGAGAAGGCGCGGCGUCUGAGGGAGAGCCAGCUGGAGGAUCGCAGGAGGAAGCUGGAGGAGCAGAGGCUGAAGGCCGAGAAACGCCGAGCUCUUCUGGAGGAAAAACAGAGACAGAAACUCGAAAAGAACAAGGAGAGAUAUGAAGCAGCUAUCAAGAGGUCGACAAAGAAGACAUGGGCCGAGAUCCGUCAGCAGAGGUGGUCCUGGGCAGGCGGACUCAACCAGACCUCCCGCAGAGAAAGCAGAUGCUCGGCCUCCACGGUCAACUUGCCGAGACAGGUGGACCCUGUCAUUAACAACAGGCUGUCCAAGUCCUCUGCCACGCUCUGGAACUCCCCCAACAGAACCCGCAGCCUGCGUCUGAGCCCGUGGGAGAGCAAGAUCGUGGAGCGGCUCAUGACGCCGACGCUGUCCUUCUUGGCCCGCAGUCGCAGCGCCGCCACCCUCCUCAACAACAGCGACUCUUACUCUCACCACUGCUCCCGUUCAGUCUCCGCCAGCCCGCUGAACGCCUGCUCCCAUCACCACCCGCACCAGAACGCCGAGCGCUGGAGGGUCUCCUCCGCCAGCACGCCGGACAUCACCCAGCGCCAGCGCAGGCGAAACUCCACACCGGUGGACAAAAAGAAGAAAGAGAAGAAAGACAAAGAGAGGGAGAAUGAGAAAGAGAAGAGCGCUCUCACAAAAGACAAAGUGCAGAAGAAGAGACAGACGACGUCACCCACCACCACCACCCAGAGAUCCAGGCCAGAGAGCAGCACCCCGAAGCCCAAAAACAGACCUCCGUCUCCUGCCGCCCCCAAGAGUCGGCCCCUGUCCCCCCUGGUGCCGGCAGCAACAGCGGCCUCCAAGACCCCGACGGGCAAAAAGACUCCUCCCCCUGGCACCAAGACCCGACCCAAACGAGCCCAGACGCCCGCCAGGGUGCAGCCCCAGACGGUUACUGCGGUCACCGUGGAAACGGGCCACGAACCCCAGCAGCCCGACACUGCAGAGGAGAAAAAGAACUCCAGUAAUCUUCCUGCCAUCGUGGUGUCCUCUGCACCGGUUACACCUCCCUCACUCAGCCCAGCGGUUGUAUCAGCGGCCUCUCCAGCGGCUCCAAAUGUAGAGCGAGCCGCUUCUCCUGCUGCAGCCUCCAACAGUAAUCCUGCUCCUUCUGCUGCACCCGCAGCCGCCCCCGCUGCCGCAUCCACCACCCCGGCUGCACCGGCCAGCAAGCCGUCAGCCGGCACCAACGACCCGGAGGAGGCCGCUCGUGUCCUGGCAGAGAAACGCAGACAAGCCCGAGAGCAGAGGGAGAGGGAGGAGCAGGAGCGUCUGGAGCAGGAGCAGAGGAACAGGAUCCUCCGGGAGGAGGCGAUGGCACGGGAGGCCGAGGAGAGGAAGCGCAGAGAGGAGGAGGCUCGAUUCAUGGCGGAGCAACAGCGUCUGAGGGACGAGGCCCAGCGGGCUCAAGAGGAGAAGGAGGCGCAGGAGAGAGCAAAGGCCGAACAGGAGGAGAACGAGAGGCUGCAGAAACAGAGGGAGGAGGCCGAGGCCAAAGCCCGCGAGGAGGCCGAGCGUCAGCGCCUCGAGAGGGAGAAACACUUCCAGAAAGAGGAGCAGGAGCGUCUGGAGAGGAAGAGGCGCCUGGAGGAGAUCAUGAAGAGGACUCGGAAAAGUGACGCAGGAGAAAAGAAGGAUGUGAAAGCUUCUCCACAGGUCAACGGCAAAGACUCGGAGCUCAGUAAGGCAGCCGGAAACCUGCAGAGUCCCAAUGCAGCGGUCCUCAGCCCGUCACAAAGUGUGUCCGCUCCUGUUGUAAAUGGCGUCCAGCCCGCCGCUCAUCAGAAUGGCGUCUCGGCUAAUGGAGAGGCGGCUGACUUCGAGGAGAUCAUCAAGCUGAAUAACAGCGGUAACCCGGCGCAGACUCAGAGCGGGCUGGUCAGCGAGCCCAUCCUGGCGUUCGAGGGCGGAGAGCCCUUCCUGAUGAAAACAGGCCCUAUGAAGCCUCAGCAUGUCGCAGAGGUCCUGUGAGUCCCGACACACAUCUCCAUGGAGACGCGCCUUAUGUCUCUGCUUGAGCUAAGAGAUUCAUGCCACACCACAGCGGCUUAUUAAAAAAAAUCGUGUGCCAAACAAACAAUGAACUGCGCUGAAUUCACAUGUUACAGUAUCUGCCGCCACAGGACAAGGAGGAGCUUCUCAUCUGAAAUAUAUACAAAACAUGCAACAAAAAGUAUUCUCUGUCUCCACCGCGUGUCCCGGUGCAGCAUCUGUUGAGUUUUAUUGAAAUGUCACAUGCAGAUUUUAUGGUGCACCUUAAAGAUGACUGACUGUGUAACAAAUUUUAGAAAAUACAGUAUAAGACCCUGGAAAUACAUAAUAUUUGACAAUGGUUGUUAUUAUUACCGUCGUUACGAUCUUGUUAUUGUUAUCUUAAGUUGAACAGUGUGUGUGCGUGUGUGUGUUUGUUGUUUUUGUCUUGAAUUAUUGAGUUAUUUAACAUGGGGAGCAUUGUAAGGACCGGCCACAGACAGUGUAUGUAAAUGUAUAAUGAGCCCGGCUGCCUAGGCCUCCUGUUACAGGGGAUCUGUGAAAUAAAGCUUUAUGAAAGGGA